GUGAUGCUCAACAAAGUUCCGUGACGUGUAUAGAGGACAGGCUCUCAAAACCAGCUCUUUGCUAUGCCUACUACGCUCGAAUUCCACGGUCGCAACCCCAUCACAUUCGAAUCUGCUGAAAAAGUAGAAGCGAACGUCAUCCGCCAGCUAGGUUACGGUCCUGCAGCAGCAGAGCUCCGGCAGGAACUUUGGAAGGAGAGAAGAGAGAUUGAAGCCAUUGCUAAACAUCACCUUGGAUUAGGAAGUGAGCUCAGCUACACUGUCCUCGAGCAGUCGACAUGGAUCCAAGGCGGCUUCAAUAUUUGCGUACCUAUUGAGGCAAAUCUUGGCAAGUUAUCGAAGAAACUUAUCUUUCGAUGCCCGAUGCCACACAAGCUUGCCGAAAGCAUAUACCCCGGCACGGUAGAUGAGAAGCUCAGCUGUGAGUUGGGAGCAUAUAUGUGGAUGCAGGAUAAGUGCCCUGAUAUCCGUAUCCCUCACUUAUACGGCUUUGGCUUCUCGGACAGCCGACAUUUCGGCCAAUUUACCCACGCAGAGCACCGACCUCUCCAUGUGCGCCUCUCCCGCCUGUUCUGGCAGUGCUUUUAUAGCCUCUUUCGAUACCCUACCCUAUCACAAUAUACGCCCCACCAGAAGAGGAGCAAUUUCCGUACGCCCUAUAUGCUGCUUGAGUAUAUAGACUCAAGCACGGGUGAGAUGCUUUCAAACACGUGGGAGGCACAACGGGAAGACCCGGCUUGCAGGAGGAGGUUGUUCCAAGGCAUAUCACGCAUAAUCUUGUCUCUCGCCCGUAUACCUCAGCCGAGAAUAGGAUCGUUUCAGUUCCACGACGAUUGUGCUGUGACACUGACAAACCGGCCGCUUACAUGUACAAUAGUAGCACUAGAGAAUGAAGGCACACAGAGGAUAGCACAAAAGGAUGACACCUAUGCGUCUACUGAGCCCUUCGUAUCCGACAUGAUUACCUUCCAUGACAAGCGCCUCCUCAACAACCCGAACGCAGUAUACGACGCUGGAGACUGCCGUACCCAGAUGACCCAGAGGAUGCUACUCCGGGCUCUCUCACAUCAAUAUAUCAACCGUGCUCGCCGUAAUGGGCCGUUUCUGCUGCAGCUUACCGACGUCAAUCCCUCCAACAUCUUUGUCGACAAGGAAUGCAACCUUACUUGCCUUGUCGACCUUGAGUGGAUAUGCGCUCUUCCUGCGGAAAUGCUUGCAGUACCAUACUGGCUUACUGGACGACGCAUUGACGAGAUAGAAGAGGAUCACUUAAUUAAGUUCAGCGAAAUACGACGGGAGUUUAUGGAUAUAUUAGAGGAAGAAGAGCAGGGUCUGGGAGAACAUAACAUUUCAAUAUCAGGAGCUAUGCAUGACACGUGGGAUUCAAAAGGAGUUUGGUAUUGGUAUUGUAUAUCGUCGGCGAAUGCUAUGCUUACUCUUCUUGUGGACCACAUCUGCCCUGCAUUUUCAGCAGAACUAUAUUCAGACUUCGAGGAGGUUCUGUCGAAGUUUUGGUGUGAGAAUGCAGAGGACGUUGUUCAACAAAAGGUUGAUGAUAAUAUCAAAUAUAAUGAGGAACUCCGACGGCGAUUCGGGGAAUCAGCAACUAUAUAGUGUAGAAGGAGGCAUUGGUCAAAUAAAAUA